AUGGGCCUCGAGAUCGAGAGGCGAAGGCUGAGCAUCUUUGAGGAGCUGUCCGGCUACGAGAAGUCAACGGUGAAGCCAGGCGGGCUGCUCAUCAAGCAGACCACAGUCAGAGGGGUCAGACGUAUGACCACCAUAGACCCCAAAGACCAUGCCAACUUCGACCGCCUGGCAGGCUGGUGGGCCCCCAACUCUUCCAUGGCCCUGCUCUACGAGUACAACUACCUGCGCGUCCAGUUCAUCCGGGACCGUCUCGGGCCCCGCCUGCAGAACUGCUCGGUGCUGGACGUGGGGUGUGGGGCCGGCAUGCUGGCCGAGAGCCUUGCCCGGCUGGGGUCUCGGCAGGUCACUGGAGUGGACAGCAGCUUGACUUCAAUUGAGCAGGCAAGGGCCCACUGCCCCUCUGAUCUCAAAAUCUCAUACCACCACGGAGAACUGUCCUCUGUGAGUGAGAGCUUCGAUGUGAUCACUGCCAUGGAAGUCAUCGAGCAUGUCUCGAGCAGGACACUAUUCCUCGAGCAGGUCAGACAGAGACUGAAGCCUGGCGGACUCCUGUUCAUGUCGACCAUCGAGCCGACUCUCUGCGCCUUCGCGAGCACCAUCCUGGCGGCCGAGUACGUGCUGGGAGUGGUGCCGAAAGGGACCCACCAGCUGAGCAAGUACGUGGCCCAGCAGACCCUGGCGCAGGAGUGGGGGACUGCGGGGAUCUAG